CACCAUUUUUUGUCAUAGAUAUUCAGAAAACGUUACAGGCUAAACCGACGAUCCAAAACCUUUAAGUUUUUCUUGGGCUACAUCAAGUAUUCAACGUCAGUAAAACAUUAACAAUAUGAUUAGUCAUUUUAGUGUGAUUCUGUUGUGUCUUUCUGGCGCAUAUAGCAUAUUAUCAAAGAUUGAAAAUUUAGAUUUGGAAGGACUAAAACGAGUUUUUAACGAUGAAACUCCCAUUAACGAAUGGAACACAGCAAUGGGCGAAAGUGUAUAUUCCAAAGGUCCCGACGGCAAAGAAAUCACUGUUAAUGUUAGGGAGGCUGUGAUCAACUUUAAGAAAAAUGCUAAUGAGAAUUCUGAGGCGGAAUUUCUAAAGAUCCGUGACUUAAUCAAAUUGGCUUAUGAGUGCACGUUAACGAAGUACGCGAGCUUCACCACAUUUUUGAUCGUCCAGGACUUGUUGGAGUUCAAAACGAACACUUGGGGAGCCAUACGACAUACCGAAUUAUAUGGGGCGGAUUUCAAUCGUGAAACAAUAUUUGGAAAUGCACAUUUUAAAAACAUGCACACAUUUCUAAGUAUCGGGAAAUAUUACUUGGACUUUGAUUUUAAAAUUAAUGGCAGCUAUCAAGUUUUUCACGAACACACAUUUCAUGGUACAGCAAAAGAGAAUAUCUACCUUUUUUGGGAUGAAAUCAUUCAAAAGAUAAUCGGUUUAAAAAUCAAGUACAAAGUCUAUUCCGAAGUUAUGAGAACGAAAUUUAAAAACGAAUACUACCAACCGACUAUCUACACUAUCAAUGAACUCAUUUGUGUUCUCAAUGAGACUGUCCGAUUGUUGGACAAUUUUAUUGUGGGCAAGUGCGUACGACACGGCGGCAAUUUUGUGAGUAACUUCAAAUCAUUAACAAGGGGAUUCGUCAACGCCAAUAUCCCUAAAGUUUUAAAGUAUUUCGAUACAUUGCAAGGCGAGGAUCGAAAAGUGUUGGUUAGUGAUUUUACACAAUCAAGAACAGGAACAUCGUCAGCAAUUGCCGCAAUUGAGGCUUCGGGUUGCUUCGUAGAGAAUGCGGAAUUCGAGAUUUCUGGUAUAAAAACGGUUUUGCCAAAUAAUAGAAACCCAGCGGACAUUUACGGCACCAACUUCAACCCACGCACAUCCGUAAUUCAAACGAAAGUUGCAAAAACCAUCCGUGAGCAGUCACAAAAUAGGGUAAGAAUAGGUAUGCUCCAGAUUCGCGAUGAAGAACAUUUGAACGACUUUGUACGUGAACACAGAGUACCACCCAACUGAGACUAAUGUGAUUCGUGUACAAGAAAAUAACAAGAACCCACAAGACCAACAAGAUGAAAGUGGGAUCUGAUACUAAAAACAUACAUUGAUUUGUCUAAUUAUAAUAAUCACAUACAUAGUCUUUAAAUGUUAAAAAUAAUUACAGUAGAUAUUAUACUAUAAACUCAUUAUGAAAAUUAUGA